GCAGAUCCAUCUGAGUUUAGGUGAUGAUUAUAGUAAGAUGAUAGUCAUGUGGUCAUCCCCUGUUAAUACAACAAGUUGGGUUGAAUAUAGAUCAAUUAGCGAUCAGAUAUCAUAUAAAUCCUACAGUACAGUUCGGCAGCUGACCGUCGAUGCUUACAACGCUUUGCCAUUUAUACACAAAGCUGUACUACAGAAUUUAGAAGAAGGCAGCGAAUAUAGAUAUUAUAUAUCAACACGGUGUUUGAACAGAAACAUCAUCUCAAGUAACCAAUAUAACUUUACAACUAUAAAGACUCAAUAUGUAUCCCCCAUGUCUGUGUUGGUAUAUGGUGAUAUGGGUGCACGUGUCGGUCUUGAAACUAUAAGUAAACUACAAGAAGAGAUAGAAACCAGUAAAUAUACGUGUAUCUGGCAUAUAGGAGAUCUAGCUUAUGAUUUAUACACGGAUGGGGGCGCGAUCGGUGAUCAGUUCAUGCGAGAAAUACAAAAUCUAUCAGCUUAUCUACCUUAUAUGACGUCUCCAGGAAAUCAUGAACUCCAUGGGGAUUUCCUGCACUAUGCUACUCGUUUUAGCACCCCUAAUACUCGAUGGCCUAUUCCACUAGAACAAAUGUAUUAUAGUUAUGAUAUUGGACUAGUCCAUUUUAUUAGUUAUUCGACAGAAGUAUACUUUAUCCAUGAUCAGAAUUUUGUGUGCGACCAAUAUAAUUGGUUACUACAAGAUUUAAUCCGAGCAAAUCAAAAUCGCUCUAAGCGUCCAUGGAUUGUUGCCAUGGGACAUCGACCAAUGUACUGCUCUAACACAAACAGUGACGAUUGCACCGGUUCAUUUAUGAGGGGCUGGGUGAGAUAUGGGCUUGAAGAUCUGUUCUAUUCUCAGGGAGUUGACCUUAUACUUCAAGGUCAUGAGCAUUCUUACGAACGAUCUUGGCCGAUGUACAAACGGCAACCCAUAAAUCUUGAUUACAACAAUCCACGUGCCCCGGUACACGUCAUAUCCGGUGCUGGUGGUUGUAAUGAAGGGCGUGAUAAAGAGCCAAGAAUGGGAGAAUCCUGGUCAGCGUUUAUCGAUAAUUCCAAGACACACGAUAAUUCUUACGGUAAGCUCCAUGUACACAACACAAGUCAUUUACACUGGCAACAAAUCGCUGUUACUUCCGGUCAGGUGUUAGAUAGUAUCUGGCUGGUCCAGCGGGCCCACGGGCCUUUUGAUACAAGUGUAGACUGUGACCUUAAUAGACAUGGAAGUCAUAAAGUGUGUCGAUGUCCAAUGGUAUUUCAUUUUGAGACUUGUAUAAUUGCGUCUUCUGUUGUGUUGAUUGUGAUUGUGGUUACUAUAGUAACGCUGUGUUGUUAUUGUAAGUUUAAGAAGAGAAAAACAAAUUUAAAGAAAGAAUACAUGCUAGCCAAGCAGGAAGCUGAUUAUUUAGACGAUGAUUUGGAAAAUCUGAUAGUUUAGGUCAUAUCACAGUCACGCCAUAGAGGAUCAAUGAACAUUAAAUUGAAAUCAUAUCACAGUCACGCCAAACAAACAACACCAAUGGUAUAAAUGAUGAAACGAACUAAGAAAGGGGGGGACGUCAACUCGACACAGCUGGGUCAUUUCGGGACUAACACAGGGUUAAAUUUUAUUUCAAUAAUCCUGUUGCGCGUAGGGGUCUUUAGCACGAUAUUGGACAGACGACUCUACUCCUUGUCACGUACAAAUGUGGGAUUAAAUUAAAGACAGGCCGUAUGAUCACUAGUGGAGGGUU